GAGGAGGAGGGACUCACGUCGUCUCCCAAGGUCAGGGGCGUCAACAGCAGCAGCAGCAGUCUGGGCAAUAGCAGCGGUCUCAGGCAGUGGCAGCAGCAGCAGGGGCGGGUUGCUCGAGGCCGUGCGUGCGCUCUCGUGCUCGGGCGUCCCUGCUUCACGUCUCCCCGCCGGGGCCGUCGUCGGCUCGCCCCAGGUAUGGCGAGCGGGAGUGAAGCAGCGGUGAGCGGGUCCAGCCGCUGGCCCGCGUGGCUGACGCCGGUGGUGGUGGUGGUGGUGUGCCUAGCGCUGGCCGUGCCGAUGGCGUGCAUCGAGGUGGAGAUCAAAGAUAACAAGUUGACGGUGCUGAACGGGACGAACGUAACCCUCAAGUGCCGCAUCAUGUCCUGCUACCGCAUGAAGGCCGCGGUCAUCAACGUGCACUGGUUCUACGGCCUCAACUCCACGCUGAGACAGCGCGCGCUCUUCUCCAUGAAGGCGGGCAAGGCGUGGUACACGCAGGCUUCGCAGUUCCGCGGGCGUCUGCAGUGGACGGGCGAGAUUGCGAAGGAGGACGCGUCGCUCAUGCUCUACGACACGCGCUUCGAGGACUCGGGCGUCUACAACUGCUCGGCCCGGCACCUCGACGACAAGCUCAAGAUCGCGUCCACCUUGCUGUACCUCAACGUCGUCUCGGAGAUCGAGCCCAAGGACCGCACCCUCAUGUUCAUCGUGGGCGCCUCGGUGGGUGGACUCGCCGGCCUCCUCAUCCUCUUCGUCAUCAUCAAGAAAGUCGUCAAAUUCGCCAUGAGGAUGCACGCCAACAAGGAGAAGAAAGACUGCUUGGUCAACUCAUCCCCCCAGCAUGAUAAUGUGGAAAACUGCAUCAACAACUCCAAGGAGGAGGUGGAGAAAGCUUCCAACCCGUGAUGCACUCUUCUGCACCCCAGCCAGGAGGCCUUGCGGACUGUGUCGGGGGGGCGGGAGGUGGACAAUCUCCUGGUCAACAAGUCAAGCAAAGGUCAAGCAAAGGUCAAGCGAUGGCACCCAGAAGACGACCCGCGACAUCACGGCUUAUACAACCAAGGAAACAUUUUUUUAAAAAAAACUUUGCAUGAAGUGCUAAACUGUGUGAGAUAUAAAUCAAUUAGUGCAAUGCAGCUUCUACGCGCUUUUCCAUCGGGGAUCUGAGGCAAAUUUUACUUGAGAAAACUCUGAAACAAAUCACUCAAUGCAUAAAAUAAUUCAUUGCACUUCAUACAUUUUCUAUACGUAUACUGUACAUAAAAUAUAAUUAUAUGACACGUAUAUAUUAGGGCUAGCUAUUCUAUAACGGUUCUAUAUUGAACUAAUACUGUAAUGUAAAUUUAGCGGUUGAUAUGCACUAUGAAAUCUAAUGUAUGCUUACAUGCACUGAAAUCGAAAAACUGCCAAAUUCUGAAAAACA